GAAGCCAAGUGUCCCGGAAAAGGGAACUCUCGAGGCUCGGGGGUCAGCAGCUGCUGGAGCUAAGGGAGGGUCUGACCACCCCCAUCACCCCUGAGGGCGGAGAGAGAAGGGGGAAGGGGCAGGAGGAGCUCGCACGCGGGUUGGGGAGGAGCAGUGCAGAUACACUGCGCCCCAGAACUACAGAGCCGUCUUCCGAGGGCUCCCCGCGUCCGGACGGCGCCGCCCUCGUCUUUACGCACGUGCGAACUUAGCACUUCCAGUCCCUGACAGCCUCCCGGGGGCGGAGGACGAGGCAGACCGACUUCCUCCCGGAGGACGCCACCCCGUCACCCCCGGGACUGAGCUGCACACCGUACGGCCCCAGCCCGCGGGGAGCCUAGUUGAAGCCUCUCUCCAAACGCCGCGCACCUCCCGGCCCCCGACGGGCCCGUCUGAGCACCCGAGCGACAGCGCGGGAGGCUAGCCAAGAUGGAGCAGACUUGUGAAGAUAUAGACCAAAUGUUCAGCAAUUUGCUGGGAGAAAUGGACCUCUUGACCCAGAGUUUAGGGGUUGAAACUCUUCCACCUCCUAUGCAUGACCCACCUAGUACUGAAUUUAACUACAGUGUUGGCUUUAAAGAUUUAAAUGAAUCAUUAAAUGCACUGGAGGACAAAGACUUAGACGCUCUAAUGGCUGAUCUUGUAGCAGAUAUAAGUGAGGCAGAGCAGAGAACCAUCCAGGCCCAAAAACAAGCUUCUCAGAGCCAACCGAACACAGCAUCUCAGCCAUCAUCAAUCUUGGGCAAUGGAGCUUCCUUUGCUUAUAAGACAAAUUUCACCACUCCUGGAAUUAACCAUUAUGAUGAUGAAUUGCCUCCCCCACCUGCUGACCCUGUAUUAGACCUUCCACCCCCUCCGCCUCCUCCUCCUCCUCCCGAACCUCUUACUCAGGAAGAAGAAGAAGCGCAGGCGAAAGCUGAUAAAAUCAAGCUCGCCUUGGAAAAACUGAAGGAGGCCAAGGUUAAAAAGCUUGUCGUCAAGGUGCACAUGAACGAUAACAGCACAAAGUCGCUGAUGGUGGAUGAACGGCAGUCAGCGCGAGAUGUUUUAGAUAACCUCUUUGAGAAAACCCACUUCAAUUACAACCUGGAUUGGUGUCUUUAUGAAAUGUACCCAGAACUACAAAUUGAGAGGAUUUUCGAAGACCAUGAAAAUGUUGUUGAAAUCUUAUCAAACUGGACAAGAGAUACUGAAAAUAAGUUAUUAUUUUUGGAGAAAGAUGAAAAAUAUGCUGUAUUUAAAAACCCUCAGAAUUUCUACUUGGCUAAUAAAGGAAAAAAAGAAGGCAAGGAAACAAAUGAGAAAAUGAAUGCAAAGAAUAAGGAAUUUUUACUAGAGGAAAGUUUCUGUGGGACAUCGGUCAUUGUGCCAGAGAUUGAAGGGGCUCUUUAUUUGAAAGAAGAUGGAAAGAAAUCCUGGAAAAGACGCUAUUUUCUUUUACGGGCUUCUGGAAUUUAUUACGUACCCAAAGGAAAGACUAAGACAUCCCGGGAUUUGGCUUGCUUCAUACAGUUUGAAAAUGUAAAUGUUUAUUACGGAACUCAGUACAGGAUGAAAUAUAAAGCUCCAACUGACCACUGCUUUGUACUAAAGCACCCCCAGAUUCAGAAGGAGUCGCAAUAUAUCAAGUAUCUAUGCUGCGAUGAUGCAAGAACUCUAAAUCAGUGGAUCACUGGAAUAAGAAUUGCCAAGUAUGGAAAGAUUCUCUAUGACAACUAUCAAAAGGCAAUGGCAAGAGCUGGACUUGCCUCUCGGUGGUCUAACCUGGGGACCGGGGACCCAGCCGUUACGACUCGGACACCCUCCAAAGAGCAUACAGUCAGUACUGUACAACCUAAUGGACAGAUUUCCCAGCCUACACACUCUAUUGGCGGAAUUUUCCAGGAGGCCCAAAAACACGUGGAAACAGCAAAGGACAAGAAGCCAGCUGUUAGUAACUAUGAUGCGCCAGCACCUCCAGCCAAUCACCUGAAGAAAUCGCAGCUGCCACCCCCACCACCGCAGCGUCGGUCUUCAGAUGUGAAUUCCGUGUCUCUGAUGCCUCCCAAACCCAUGAUACCCUCCGAACCAUCCCUUCAGGAUGAUUUUCCUUUACCACCACCUAUGGGAGAAGCUGAGCUCCCCCCACCGCCGCCAGAUUUUAACGAAGAACCUCCCAACUUCGUGCCUCCCCCACCUCCUACAGUUAUUUGUAGUGAUGAAUUUCCAUUGCCACCUCCUCCCCCACCUCCACCAGUCCAAUCCACAGAACCCAGCAAACCUCGCCCACCCAUCACUAAAAAGCCUCCCAUGCCUCCUAAAAGGCUGGAGGGUCCAGGACCAGCCCCUGGGGGUGCGAGUGGGGAACAAGAUUUUAUGUCUGAUCUGAUGAAAGCUUUGCAAAAGAAAAGAGGCAACAUAUCCUGAAAGGGGUUUUGAGUUUCCUGGAAGAGAAAUGACAAAAUAUUUCUACAUAAAUAAGUAUACUGUUUUCUAAUUGGGUAUUUUAAUAGUCAUCUUCUCGAGACAACUUAGUCAUUCUGUUUAUGGUGGUUGUUGUUUGUCCUUCGUUCUCGAAGAGGACCGUGACGUUGGGAGGUGAUGUCAUGACUUUCAGUGAAUUGGAUUUAAGUGAAGGUUCUGGAGGAAAGAGUGAGGCUAGGCUGGUAGCUUUGUGCAGCCCUCCCUCCUCGUCCCUCGCUCUCCUCCUCCUCUAUCCCUUAUCUACGGAUGCUCUGCCAUCUUUUUAUGAAAUAUUGACUUCCAACUUAAGUGGGCUGAUGCUGAGUGAAGUGAGCAGAACCAGGAGAACAUGGCACACAGUAACAGCAACACUGUGUGAUGAUCAACUGUGAUAGACUUAACUCUUCCCAGAAAUACGAUCCAAGACAAUU